AUGACCCUUCGGCGGCCCUCGCAGCCGCCCCCCUACGAAAGUGCCGUCAGGAAGUCACUGUCUGCGGUAGCCAAGGGCAAGGCUGUUGCCCUGGAGGAAAUCGGUGAGGAUGAGGUUCUGCCGCCCUACUCAUGUGAUAUUCAUGUGGAGGGCGCGUUUCAGAUGAAGAUGGAGAUUGAGGAUGCCACCAAGCGAGCAGAGUACCGGAACUGGAACACCGUCUUCGUUGUCCUGCAUGGGACGGCGCUCAACAUUCACAAAUGCAAGAAAGACUGGGGAUGGGGGAAGUCGAGGAGUCUGCAUGGACCAAACGUCUCGCCUGACAACCCGCCAUGGCUCAAGAAGACUGAAUUAGAGAAGAGCUACAGCCUGCUGCAUGCUGACGUGGGGAUUGCAGCUGACUAUCACAAGUGCGUGCUUCUGGAUAUCUCUGAUGCCAUCUUCCAACGCUAA